CUCAGAAGGCACUCGCUGAGCACCUGCCACAUAUCAGGCCCUUUUCAAGACUGAAGAGUUUUGGGUAUGAGGUCUCGAGCCUGAAAAAGGCUGUAUUUAUCUAAUCCCCUGUGCAUCCCCAGUGCCCAAAGCAGGUGCUCAGCUGUGGGUCACAUAAGUCCAGCUUUCCCUUUGCCUUAGGGGACCCCCUCUCUGGUGAUUUGAGGGAGACGGGGUUUGUCUCCUGUCCCCUUCUGAAUGUGGCUACUGGGGGUUGUGCCUCUCUCCCCUGUGUUCCUGGCAAAUCUGUUGCAGCUGCCACUGGCCUUGAGCAAGGAAACCGGGGUGGAGAACAGAGGAGUCUCCUCCCCAGCAUACUCCAACCCUCGCUGCCCUCUGUAACCCACCCUGGUUGCCUGACUGAUUCGAGAUUUCCUGAUCCAUUGGAAACGAUGGAGAAAGGUACAACAUAUGAGGAAGACCACUUUAACAGGAUGGAUCCGUUCAGUCCGAUCCCAGAAGGAAGUCUUGUUCCUGCAUGUAAAUGAUGGGUCAUCUUUGCAAAACCUUCAGGUUGUAGCAGAUUCAAGCUUUGACAGUAGAGAACUGGCUUUUGGGAGUUCUGUGGAAGUUCAAGGGCAGCUGGUAAAAAGUCCAUCCAAAAGGCAAAAUGUAGAACUGAAGGCAGAAAAAAUUGAAGUUGUUGGAAAUUGUGAUGCUAAGACUUUUCCUUUUAAAUAUAAAGAGAGGCAUCCUCUGGAGUAUCUGAGACAAUACCCUCACCUUAGGUGUAGGACUAACGUUCUGGGUUCCAUACUGAGGGUUCGCAGUGAAGCCACAGCUGCUAUUCAUUCUUUCUUUAAGGACAAUGGCUUUGUGCAUAUUCAUACUCCCAUAAUCACAUCCAAUGACUGUGAGGGGGCUGGAGAACUUUUCCAAGUUGAACCUUCAAGCAAAAUAAAGUUACCUGAGGAGAAUUUCUUCAAUGUUCCUGCUUUCUUAACUGUCUCAGGACAACUUCACCUAGAAGUGAUGUCAGGAGCUUUUACUCAAGUGUUUACUUUUGGUCCAACAUUUCGGGCAGAGAAUUCUCAGAGUCGGAGACACCUGGCAGAGUUUUACAUGGUAGAAGCAGAGAUUUCUUUUGUUGAGAGCCUUCAAGAUCUCAUGCAGGUUAUGGAGAGGCUCUUCAAGUCCGCAACAACGGUGGUUCUCUCAAAUUGUCCUGAAGAUGUUGAACUUUGUCACAAAUUUAUAGCUCCUGGCCAGAAGGACAGAUUAGAACAUAUGCUAAAAAAGAACUUUUUAAUCAUUUCUUACACUGAAGCAAUGGAGAUCCUAAAGCAGGCAUCCCAGAACUUCACCUUCACCCCAGAGUGGGGCGGUGACCUUCAUACUGAACAUGAGAAGUACCUGGUGAAGCACUGUGGCAACAUACCAGUCUUUGUUAUUAAUUAUCCUUUAGCACUCAAGCCUUUCUACAUGAGGGAUAAUGAAGAUGGUCCUCAGCACACGGUUGCUGCUGUUGAUCUUCUGGUUCCUGGAGUUGGAGAGCUCUUUGGAGGAAGCCUCCGAGAGGAGCGGUACCAUUUCUUAGAGCAGCGACUGGCCAGAUUAGGACUGACAGAAGCCUACCAAUGGUAUCUGGACCUCCGUCGAUUUGGAUCUGUGCCACAUGGAGGUUUUGGGAUGGGAUUUGAACGUUAUCUGCAGUGCAUCUUGGGAAUUGACAAUAUCAAAGAUGUUAUCCCUUUUCCAAGAUUUACUCAUUCAUGUCUUUUAUAGCUGGAAGACUGGUUAAGGAAAAUCACCCCGAGACAGAGGUACCGCACAUGGAGGAUGCAUGUUUGAAUUUUUAAAAUGCAGACGUUUUCAAAAUGUAAUUGUCCUGCCCUAACAUAUAAUGUAUGAAAAAUAGAAGUGAUCAUGUUUUUCUUAGAAAGUUGAAGGCAUUUCAUAGAAAGAUGAACUCUCAAGAAGAGGUACUUAUAGCUGGUAAAAUCUCAAAUCUAUUAUGUCAAUUAAGAAGAAAUGAAGAAAUUGAACUAGAUGGUCUCAAAGGCCUUUUCAAACUCUAAGACAGGAUGGGAUAGUAGUGUAUUUUACUUGUCUUUAAUGGUUAGAUCACUAUCUUGUGUGAUCUUUGAGAAACUACUAGUAGCUAAAACUACAAUGUUGGAUCUUGUCUCCCUUGCCACUUAACCUGUGAUAAAUGUUCAUCUUAUUUUCAGCGUUUUACUGAACAUUAAAAAAGAAAAUAUUUUUUGCGGGGUCAUGAGUUAAUAAAGUUCCUAUUCUGAAUUGAAA